CGGAAGAGCGAGCUGGAAUGAGCGCCGGCGCGCGCGGGCGCGCGCGCAUGUGACGCGCGAGGAUCCGGUGCACGCGACUGGUGUAACGGCGGCGGCGCUUUGAGUCUCCGCCGCACCGUAAGCACCGGCCAUAAAAGAGGACCGAGGAUCCACAGCGGACCCGCAUCAUGCCAUGCUCCCGGCGUCUCUGAUCCAUUUCCACACCUUAGUAUAAGAGAACCAUGAGCACUGUAGAGGAAGAACCGGAUCACAUGAUACCAUGAAGAGAAGCCUGCAGGUCCGGCUUAACCAGCUGCUGAGCAUUCUUCUGAUCCUGUCAGUACCAGAGAAGCUGGUAUCCUUUGCAGAGGAGCUCUCCCCUAGCUGGACACCGCGGAGCCUUGUCUCCAUGUUACAUUCACCAAACCCACCUGGCUGGUGGAAGGGGUCUAGUACUGGUGACCAGCCCACUUUCACAGGCCACAAUGCACCAGUGUCUGCCCUGGCAUUGACCCAGUUGCUGAUGUCUCGCCUGGAUUACACUACCACAGUCAAGACUAGCUUUGGACCAAGUCCAAUGCCUAGUAUUGAAUCAAUAGACCACCCAUUCAAAACUGGGUCCCAGAACUCUGUCGAACCUUAUUCUAACAGAACCAGCAGGAUCGACAAACCUGGGAUGGUCAGUAAAAAGCAGAAGGUUUCUACACAGUCAGACUCUGGGCUUCAAAGAACUGAGCAUUCCCAACUGAGGCCCAUAAAUGAUUUGGAGCAAGUAAAGUCCACUGAUAACACCCAAGGUUUGAGUGUUGAAAAGCAAACCAACCCCAGUUACCCUUACUCUUCAAUGAUGUCAUCAUGGUUAUCCAUCCCUCCUAUGGCACUGGAGAAAAGCCUCAGGCAGCAUGCUCAUGCCAUCACACUGCGUGAGGCUCCUCUUAAUGAAAACCCAAAGUUCUUAGGGAGCGUGUCUGUGUCCCCGUCACAAUCGCAGCCCUCUAGUCUGUCCACCUAUUUUCCCCUAAACACUGAGCACUCGGAAAUGAAUAGUGUUACCUUCCCUACUGUGGCUGCCAGCAUUUCUGUGAACAGCAACUCAGCAAAGACAUUAGGUGGCACAAAUACACCUGCUAUCGUAACCAGUGAUGUGUUCUCCUCCCAAAGUAGUGUAACAGACACAGGCACCAGCUCCAUUAAUGGCAGUUUAGGUACAUCACUGAAUAUUCCCCCACUCAUAAAUGAUUCAAGCACCUCUGAGCUUCUAUCAAGAACAAAUUUGAGUAAACUGCCUAAUACCACACGAGACCCCUGGGGUUCAGGGAACCAAUCAGGCCCUGAUCUUGACUCAACUGAUAACCGUGUCACCAUUUGCCUGACCAAAAUGGACAUUGUAUGGGUGGUGCUUGCCAUCAGUGUGCCUGUGUCAUCCUGCUCUGUGCUGCUGACAGUGUGCUGCAUGAGAAAGAAGAAGAAGUCAACCAGCCAUGAGAACAACCUGAGCUACUGGAACAACACCAUCACCAUGGACUACUUCAAUCGCCAUGCUGUGGAACUCCCUCGUGAGAUACUGCCACUGGAAACUGUUGAUGAGCGAGAGACAUGCCUACCCCCUAAUGGUGACUACAGCGACAGUGGUGUUGUGCUGGUUAACCCUUUCUGCCAAGAGACUCUCUUCAUCAACAGAGACAAGGCUUCUGACAUCUGAGCAUGUCACAUCAAAGCUUGUCUGUUUCUAUUUUCUUCCUCAAAUGUUUUUUUAAUUAUAAUUUGGUGAUUCUUCUGAGACUGAGCUUUAUAAUAUAUAUAUAUAUAUAUAUAUAUAUAUAUAUAUAUAUAUAUAUAUACACACACACACACACACACACACACACACACACACACACACACACACACACACAUAUAUAUAUAUAUACAUAUACACAUACACACACAUAUAUAAAAGAUAUAUAGAUGAGUUUAAAUAGACAAAUGAAUGAAUUAAGAGCACUCUUGCUGUAAGGGUAAGCCCCCUUGCAUAUUUUUUCCUGAUGUACAUUUUCUACAGAUGCUUAAUUGUGAUAAGGGUUUUUAUGUCUUUUUGGAUAAAAGCAGUGUGUGUGUGGUUUCUGUGGUGUUCAAGUGGCUUGGAAUAUAAAGCAAUGCAAUGUAUGCUGUAAAGAUGUGUGUGAUCUUACCCAAAACACUUAAAAACUUAAAAGCCUGAUGAACUUGAAUUGCCUGUGUGUGGGGGGCUGAAAAAGCAGAUGGCAGAUGGUAUGUGCCUGGGUUCAAGGAGGUACCUAAACCCUGUGUUAUUGUUAUCACUGGAAGAGUUGUAGUAGUUUGGUCGGUCAUGAGAUUGAGGAAAUUUUGAGUUUUUGCCCUUAUAAGUCACCAGCGCAGGGACUAUUCAAAAAGUCUGUAGUCCCGUUAUAGACAGCACUGUGUUUCUGUGUCCAGUUGCAUGUCACAUCUCUGGUUUCUCACAGGUUUAUACAUCUCUGUGUGUGUGUGUGUGUGUGUGUGUGUGUGUGUGUGUGUGUGUGUGUGAUAGAUUAGGGAUCAUAUUAUAUGUUACAGAGCAUCUCUUAAUUAAACAUGGACAGCAGUGUUCGAAAUUGUUCCUACAAAUCUCAUUUUUAACACGUGAUAAUAUUAGCCUGCUUCGUUAAGCUUAGCUGUGUUGGGCAAUUUUGUAUCCUACCAUACUUAAUGUAUUCUGUUGAGCCAUUAAACAUUCAAUUUAAACAUUCAUUAUUUUUAUAUACUUGUUUGGCACUUUUAUUAGUUCAGAAAGUGGUGGUAGAUCGUCUCAGAUCCCUCAUGACAAUAAGCAGUUGUUUUUAAAAGGAUGAGAAAGCUUCAUAGUGUGUGAAAGGAAGAAGUCCUUUUGUCUGUUUGUGUAUGUCUUUCUGCCUUUAAAAUUGUUUUAUUGUGAGCAUUGAGGUUUGUCCAAUCUUGAGCUGCAUUGUUUUAUGCUGAAAGAAUAAGACCAAAAGUUGUCAUUCUGUAGUUCUCCUCUGGUGUUUAUUGCUGUAUUGUACAGGUUUUUGGAUGAUUAUGAGUAUAAAACACUGGAUGUAAUAGAGUAAAAUUAUUAGAAUAAGUGAUCAAAUCAGAGAAAAUAUUUUAUACUACAGUAUUUUACUUUGAGCAUAUGUUUGAAAAUAUUGUUAUUUGGUCAGUCUUUCAGUAAAUGUAACACAUAGAGUCAGCUCAGUAACACUUUCUGUUGUAAUGUACUGAUUUUUAUUGCCUGUGUUUAUCUUUUUUUUCUUUCUUUCUUUUUUUUAUCUUUUAUCAUCCUGUUAUUUGUAUUUUACAUUUAGGAAGGAUAUGUAGGAGGGAUAUUGGGUUUAUUGCUGACUGCUGUAAAGCGUUAUUAGAAGAGGGAAUCAUAUUUUCAACUUAUUUUGUAUUGUAGCACAUACACUGUAAUUUUUACUGCUGAGCAAUAAAAGGAAAAAUGGUU